ACUGCCUUCGCAGAGACUCUAAAGGCGGGGAGUUAGAUUCCUAGAUAUUAAGAGGAUGAUCAUGCUGAAAAGGCGGGUUUUUGCUUUGAUAGGCCUGCUUCCAUUUUUAAUUUGUCGUUCCUAUGCACAGCAGCUGAAUGGCAAUAGCACUAAUUUUUCCUUUGCCUACUUUAGUCAGAACAACAGUCAGCAGCUGUUAUAUAUGGGAAACGCUUCCUUUUCCUCUGAGCAUGAUUAUAUCAAUCUCACACCCGAUCCAUUCGCCACUUUGAACCAACCUUCUUCAAAGGAAACGGCUCCAAAUGUGGCGUUGCAGAACUGCAUCGGAAGAGUUCUGUACCGCCAGCAACUAACGAUGUGGCCAGCGAGUUUCACCACCGUUUUCACCAUCUUCGUCAAAAACGUCACAACUAACGCCACGGGCGCGCUCGCGAAUUUCAAUGGCGACGGUCUUGCCUUCAUCAUUGUUCCGAAUAACAAAAGCUUUUUAGCAAAGAGCUACGGGGCUUUCCUCGGCCUCUUCGACUCCUCCACAAACGGAAAUACAACUGAGCAGCUUGCCAUCGAAUUUGACACAUAUGCGAAUGAAUUCGACCCGGAUAACAAUCAUGUGGGUAUCGACAUCCAGAGCAUCACAUACACCGCAACGGCCAAUAUGGGAAACCACGGAAUGGACAUCAAGGCCGGGCGAGCUAUACAAGUGCGGAUCCACUACGACGGCUGGGCUAAAUCUCUGCAAAUCUACGCACGGUAUGCAAACAAUUCUUCUGCCUACGCGAGCAUUGUGAACCACACGGUGGAGCUCGAAAACACCGUUCCAAGACUGGCGUACGUGGGGUUUUCUGCGGCAACAGGGAAUUCCUACGAGAUACACAAAAUUCUCGACUGGAAUUUCAGUUCCGUGAUGUUACCGGAGUCUUCUCUGAAAUUACCCCCGAUGGGAACAGGAAAGCCCGGAGGAUCUGGCGGCAGAGUCAAAAUCGGCUUCUUGGCGGGCUCCAUUACAGUUGGUUUAGUUGUGGUGGGAUUAUUGGCCUUGGAGUUCGUGAUUAGGAGGAUGAAAAAGAAAAAACAUGCUUCUUCAACUCUUGAACGAGAAAGCUUCAGCCGGGAACUGGCAGUGAUUCAAACCGCACCUCACCGGUACUCUUACAAGGAACUCGCCGCUGCAACCAACAAUUUCAGCGAUGCGGAGCUUUUGGGAACCGGCGGGUUCGGGAGCGUCUACAGAGGAAACCUUAACGCCGGACGCAACGAACAGGUAAAGUUGGUGGCGGUGAAGAAAAUCUCCGCCGGUUCAAGACAGGGGGAAAGGGAAUUCAUCUCAGAAAUUAUUACCAUAGGCCGUCUCCGCCACAGGAACCUGUUACAGCUUCAGGGGUGGUGCCACGAGCGCGAUGAGCUUCUCCUUGUCUACGAUUAUAUGCCUAACGGAAGCCUGAACAAAUUUCUCUACGACAGAAAUUGGGACACGCCCUUGAAUUGGCCACGGCGCCACAGGAUUUUGUGCGGCCUUGCCUCUGCUCUGCUCUACCUGCAUGAAGAAUGGGAGCAGCGGGUCGUUCACCGGGACGUGAAGCCCAGCAAUGUGAUGCUAGACGGGGAAUUCAACGCUCACCUGGGGGACUUCGGUCUGGCCAGGCUCAUCGAGCACGACGAUUCUAAUCCGGCUGUGACGACCCGACUGGCGGGUACACCCGGGUACAUGGCGCCCGAGUGCAGCUACACGGGCAAGGCCACCGCAGAGUCCGAUGUCUUCAGUUUUGGGAUCGUGCUCUUGGAAGUGGCCACUGGUAGGCGGGUGGUGGAGCUAAAUUGUCCAUUGACUGAAGGAAAUUUGGUGGAGUGGGUAUGGGGACUCUACAGCAAGGAUAGUGUUUUGGAGUGUGUGGAUCCCAAAUUGGAUGGGUUUGACUAUGAUGCAGAGGAGAUACGAAGGGUGUUGAUCUUGGGUUUAGCGUGCUCACAUCCUGAUCCACAGUUACGCCCUUCAAUGAGACAAGCCAUUCAAGUGCUCAUGAAUCCUAAUGAAGAGCUGCCGCAGCUGCCUUCCACCAGGCCAAUGGCGAUCUAUGUUGUUUUACCACCGGUUGGACCUGUGUUUUCUCAGUCCACUUCGUCUUCGAAUUUGGGUAGAGGUGCAACAUCUUCUAGUGUCAUGGCUGAAAGUAGCGUAGGAUCCAUUACUACCUCGCUAAAUCAGGGUAGAUAGAGAUGAACGGUUGGCUUCCUUUAUUUGUCUCUCUUACUUUCCUCCUCUUAAAAUCGUGUCGGUUUAUCCCGAACAUUAGCUUUAUUUACCUGCUUGUAUCUAAUCUUUACAUGUACCUUUUAUGAACAGCGAGCCAUUCAUAAAAGAUAUUUGCUUUCACUCUUAAA